CAAGUCGAAGGCAUCUACGCUCUCCAGACGAAACGCAUCGUCUGAAAGGCUUACAGGUGAAUCGGAAGCACCCAGGCCAGACAUAUACGAUACCGAGAAAAAGCAGGGACAGCAGCCACAUCUCCCCACAGCCUCAUGCUACCAGGCGGGCAACAAAAGGAAUGCUGGCGCGACGGCAAAGCUGCCAUGUUUUCCACGUUCAAGAGCCGAAAAGGUGGACGGAAAAAAAGAGAAAUGUGAGACAAUUAAAUCGACCGAGGCAAAAAGCAAGGGCCUGGAGGAGUCUGCGAUGUCCCUGGACUCAGCCGACGCGCAGGAGGGCAAGGGGCCGGAGUCUGUAAGCGAGGGGCCAGGGGCGUCGAGAAAGGAAGAGGGCGGUGUGUCGACGGUGGCUGUGGGCAAGCAGCAGCCAGAGGAGUGUCGACAUUGGACACAGGACCAAUAUCAGCUUGAGCAAGAAGCAGAGGAGGGAGUGAGUGAGAAGUCAACGACCGUCGAAGUCAGCCCGAGCGAUACUACGGGCCCCAAGCGCUCGCGUCUCUCAACGUCAAAUUCGACUUGUUCGAGCCAGUCUCCGGCCGCAGUGUCCCACCCCGUCAUAGAGCAACCAUUACAUGCGGCUUGCAACGCUGACAAGGUGAUAGAACACCGUGCCGAGCCGAGAAAACAGAAGGCGGAAACGGAAGAGAGGAACGAAGGCGUCGUCCAAGAUGUCGACCAGAAGAGCACUUCAAUUACACCGGCCACGGUCAAGUCCCGCAACGAGAAGAAAAAUGCAAAAAAAGUAAACCCUCGCAGACCAGAUAUCGAUAAGAAACCUGCCCCCGAGCCUGAUCAGCUUCAGGGUGCGCUCGAAAGUGAGGGUAACUUGAGCUAUUCGACCCACACUACCGCUUCCUCCAUCUCCUCCUCCUCAUCGUCGCAGUCUCUUAACAGUUUCACUCCGACAACUGCUCAAGCCCGCUCUAUUCAAUGUAACAACGUCAACUGCUGCAUGCAUGGCUCCCUUAGCCGCAGCACAAGCACCGACAGCAGCACAAGUACAAGUAGUGGUAACGACGCAAGCAAUAGGGUCAGCAAGGUGGGAAGCAACGGUGAUACUGCCGGCAACCUCAGCAUGUCCAACGACAGUAAACGCUUGGAUACGGAGAAGAUUCAAAGUAUUUGCGAAACUAUUCCCAACGCCACGAAAUACCGUCCUGACGUGCCUCAAAAUAAUAAGACAGGCUCCAUAAGAGUAAUCCACAAUGGACCCAGCGGAGACAAGCCUUUUCAUUUCAGUUCUAAGGCAAACGGAAAUGGCGCGUACAUGGACAGAACGCGUGGUCGUAUAUGCGUGCCCACGUUGUACCCCGUCCUGUUCCACCAACUGCAGCGUCGACCCCCCCCCUUGCCCGCGCUCCACGGGCAUGGAAUAGCGGUCUCGAUUCCCGGCAAAGAUUACUACCACGACGCGUGCACUCUACAGCCGAUGCCCCCUCUGGGCCGCACCGACCCAUAUUCUCAUCGGCACGGCCACGCGGAUAUGCGAAAUUACCCUCCUGCCUACCAUCAGCCUUCACCUUACCCUGUGGCGAAUUACGAAUCGUCUCCUCAAAUUGAGCCUUCCGCUACCCGUCCCGCGCAAGCCGUCGAUCGCAAAGAAGUAGAGGACAAGUUGCGCCGUCAGUUACAUUACUAUUUCUCGCCUGAAAACCUGAAGAGAGAUUAUUACCUUCGAUCGAAAAUGGACGGGCAAGGGUGGGUGAUGCUCGCCGAGGUGGCACAGUUCAACCGAACUAAACACUUGCUGGGCCUGCUUGGAUUUCAGGGUGAAAAGGAGGUUAACGGGGCUCCAUUGGACUUUUCCCUCCUGCUUAGUAUCGUGGCUGAGUCACCUAAAGUAGAGGUGCAGAUCAUGCCGACGGAGAAAGCAAGCGGAGACGGGAACGGGGGUAGACUAGUGUAUAAGAUUCGUCCACGGGAGAACCCGAAACAGUGGGUCCUAUCCUCUUAAGAGCGACGAGAAUUGUCGGGGAAAGAUUAAAUACCGGCAUACCUGGGUGCUUGAGCAUACUGAAAAUCUUCAUGGUCAGUUAUCUAUGCAAGAGUUUGUUCUUGGUUCCUGCUUAUGAUGGCCCGCCUUGAUUUUGGAGAUUGAGUGUAACCUUCGCGGCGCUCUUUAUUUAUAGUAAUUUAGCGAGGGUGUAAAAGCUAGAAGAGUGACUUGGGUAUAUGAUAAUUGUGUGAUGCUGCGGUGAAGGGAGCAUCCCUAACUGGUCUAGAAAUUGAAUUGCCUCAAGCAUUCAAGCUGUUUGAGAAUCAGCAUUUUUUAGCGAGAAAACAUAGAAAUGAAAAUUGAGCAAGCAAAGUGCGUUGAAUAGAGGGAGACGUAUGUGUGAAAAGAAUGUAUUAAAUCAAAUGAAGGGAAAGCAAUAGGCGUUACUAGUCU